AUGAGAGCGUCUGAGAGAGCGUCUGAGAGUGAGUACGAGAGAGAGUACGAGAGCGAGUACGAGAGCGAGUACGAGAGAGAGUACGAGAGAGUGUACGAGAGCGAGUACGAGAGAGAGUAUGAGAGAGUACGAGAGAGAGUACGAGAGCGAGUACGAGAAAGAGUACGAGAAAGAGUACGAGAAAGAGUACGAGAGAGUACGAGAGAGUACGAGAGAGAGUACGAGAGAGAGUACGAGAGAGAGUACGAGAGAGAGUACGAGAGAGAGUACGAGAGAGAGUACGAGAGAGAGUACGAGAGCGAGUACGAGAGCGAGUACGAGAGAGAGUACGAGAGCGAGUACGAGAGCGAGUACGAGAGAGAGUACGAGAGAGAGUACGAGAGAGAGUACGAGAGAGAGUACGAGAGAGAGUACGAGAGAGAGUACGAGAGAGAGUACGAGAGAGAGUACGAGAGAGAGUACGAGAGAGAGUACGAGAGCGAGUACGAGAGCGAGUACGAGAGAGAGUACGAGAGAGAGUACGAGAGAGAGUACGAGAGAGAGUACGAGAGAGAGUACGAGAGAGAGUACGAGAGAGAGUACGAGAGAGAGUACGAGAGCGAGUACGAGAGAGAGUACGAGAGUGAGUACGGGAGAGAGUACGAGAGAGAGUACGAGAGAGAGUACGAGAGAGAGUACGAGAGAGAGUACGAGAGAGAGUACGAGAGAGAGUACGAGAGCGAGUAA